AGUACUUUCAUGAGCCGUAGGUGACGUUGCUAGGUCAGUUAGCCUGCUAGCAUUACAUACCGGUAAGCUACACUGCGGCUUUGCGGCCGUUAAACUGCGUCCUGGAUGAGCAUUUUGCCGUCACUUCACUCGUUUAAUCAGAUCAAUAUGUUCAUUGUGCAAAAAUACACAUUUAAUCACAUGUAACUCCCACGAUAUAUAUAGAUAGCGGCUGCCUGCUAACGCGACACAUCUGUGAAGAAGCACUUCCGGGGCGCUUUUGUAACGGGCACACAACGCGCCGCACCACCGGGAUAUCUUGCCCUUGCUCGCCUUUACACCGUCCUCCGCGUUCAUGUCCACUGCGGUGCUAGUCGCCGCUGUAGUCGGCGGUGGGGUGCUGCUCCUGAUGCGCCGCUUGUUCCCCCGGCAGAAAGUUGCGAAGCUGCUCCAGUAUCCCGCCGACACCAUGCGAGGAAAGACGGUCAUCGUGACCGGGGCCAACUGCGGGAUAGGGAAGGCCCUGGCCGGGGAGCUGCUGAAGCUCCGUGCCCGGGUCGUUAUGGCCUGUCGGGACGUGGGAAGCGCCGAGGAGGCAGCCAGGGACAUCAAGAAGCAAGCGGGACCGGAGCAGGGGGAGGUGGUCAUCAAACACCUGGACCUGGCCUCUCUGAGAUCAGUCCGAAAGUUCUGUGAGGAAAUUCAUGAGGAGGAGCCCAGGAUUGACGUUCUUAUCAACAAUGCAGGCAUCUACCAGUGUCCCUACACAAAGACAGAGGAGGGUUUUGAGAUGCAGCUCGGCGUGAAUCACCUGGGUCACUUCCUCCUCACUCACCUCUUGCUGGACGUCCUGAAGUCCUCUGCUCCGAGCCGCAUCGUCGUAGUUUCCUCUAAGCUUUACAAGUACGGCCACAUCAACUUCGAUGACCUCAACAGCGAAAGUAACUACAACAAGUCUUUCUGCUACAGUCAGAGCAAGUUGGCCAACCUGCUGUUCACACUCGAGCUGGCUCGCCAGCUUGAGGACACGGGGGUCACAGUCAACGCUCUCACCCCGGGCAUCGUGAGGACCAGACUGGGCAGGCAUGUUCAAAUCCCCCUCCUGGCAAAGCCGCUGUUCUACCUCGCCUCGCUAGCUUUUUUCAAGAGCCCGCUGGAAGGGGCCCAGACCCCCCUCUAUCUGGCGUGCUCCCCGGAGGUGGAGGGAGUGUCGGGGAAGUGCUUUGCUAACUGUGAGGAGGAGGAGCUGAUGGCCAAGGCUACAGAUGAGCAGGCAGCCAAGAAACUGUGGGACAUAAGCAGGAGGAUGGUUGGGCUCGCUAACUGAGCAUAGACCUGUUCUGUAGACGGCACUCAGAGGACUUGGAUAAAGUACUUAAUCUUCAGUAGCCCCAGAGACUCUGUCCUGCAAGAGACUGCAUGUGAAAAGACUGAUUGCCACCUUCGGGAUAUAAAUAUGAACUGAGUGACAUACUGUGCCAAUGAACUGAUGAAAAUUAAUAAUGCAUUGCUGUGGUUGAUCAGAGAAUGUACAAGGCUUUGAAUUAAAAAAAAGGUGAAAGUGAUUCUUCAAAUGAAA